CUUUCUUCCUUCGUUCACCUGCACCAACUCAUUUGACAAUGUCCGGACGUGGCAAGGGCGGCAAGGGCCUGGGCAAGGGCGGUGCCAAGCGCCAUCGCAAGGUGCUUCGCGACAACAUCCAGGGCAUCACCAAGCCCGCUAUCCGCCGUCUGGCUCGCCGUGGCGGUGUGAAGCGUAUCAGCGGCCUGAUCUACGAGGAGACCCGCACGGUGCUGAAGACCUUCCUGGAGAACGUCAUCCGCGACUCGGUCACCUACACCGAGCACGCUCGCCGCAAGACCGUGACUGCCAUGGACGUGGUCUACGCGCUCAAGCGCCAGGGCCGCACCCUGUACGGCUUUGGCGGCUAAGCGGCUUCUGUGCCUCAGGCAGCGGCUCGGGCGGGCAGGACGUGUACCCACCGUGUCGUGCCCCUACCCCUUAAGGCUGUCUACCUCUUCAUCCAAACUCGGUGUUUCUCAACACCACACUGAAACAUGGUUACCUCUUGAACGAGCGGAGUUGGCUGGGAGCGAAAGGGCGUGCGUAUGUUGCUCUCAAUUGCAUGAAGACACCCAGCGAAUCCCGGGCUAUGGUGCUGGUCGACUGUGAUGACUGUGAUGGCGGCACGCGGGUAAGCCUGACCAGGCUCACCACCUGCGAUCGCACAGGAGCCCAAGUGCAACCAAACAUGUAGUAGCCUUUUGGAGCAGUAAGCUAAUGUAGUAGCCUU